CAUCCGAAGGCCACUUCUCGACCAAUUGAUGGGGACGGCAGAAAAAUACGUUACGAUCGGUUAAAAUUUCAGUGUUGUUUAGGUGCGCAAUCCGUGGGAAAAAAAAAAAAAAUUGAAGAAAGCUGGGAAGGAGUUCACUUUAUAAAUAUCGGUGUUUUUGGUGUCGUGUUUAUUAGAUUCCCGAAGAAGUUCAUAGACAUGUGUUCUUUUUAAAAAAUUAGCGACUUUAGGGAUAAAUAUCGGCUGCUAUGGAGCCAGCAUCAGGCAGUAGUCGCUUUCGAAUAAGUGAAGGCGACUGGAUUUGUAGCGAUCCACAGUGCGGAAAUGUUAACUUUGCGCGUAGGGACACCUGUAAUAGGUGUGACAAAGAAAAAGGUGAUUCCCCAAAAAAGAAGAAACUGGGGCAGGAAAUUGGUAAAGCAGCAGCAGAAAAGAGCCGUGGGUUGUUUAGUGCAGAUGACUGGCAAUGUAACAAGUGUGGGAAUGUGAACUGGGCACGUCGCCAGUCUUGCAAUAUGUGUAAUGCCCCAAAAUAUGGAGAAGUAGAAGAGAGGACAGGUUAUGGUGGUGGGUACAAUGAUCGUGGUGUGGUGGAAUACAUCGAGCGCCAGGAUUCUGAUGAUGAAUAUGACGAGUUUGGACGAAGAAAGAAAAAGAAGAAGGAUUCCACUGAAGAGAAAAAGUCUUCAGGCAAAACAAAUGUGGAUGACAACGAGGAUGAGGAAGAGGAAGAUGAUGACGACGAUGAUGAUGAUGGUGACCUUUCAAAGUAUGACCUCAGUGGCUGGGGAGAUGAUGAUGAUGAUAACACAAGCAAGGAAACAAAUAAUGAAAGUAAAGAGAAAGACCGCAAAGGAAGAAAUGAAAUGAGGCAACAGUCAAAGUCUCGAUCCCGGUCCCGUUCACCCUCUCACAGACGUUCGAGAAACAACCAUUCAGAUUCUAGGUCAUCAAGUAGCAAGUCCCGUUCGAGCUCUCCAACAGCAAACUCAAACAGGCACCAGAAUUACAGGUCCAGGAAGGAUCAACACUGAAGAUUGCUGGCUCUUAUUACAGCAACAACUGCAGAUGAAAUGCAAGAUUUUCAGUUAUGUCAAAUUCAUUGUCUGAGGGCUGUGUGGGUACCUUCUGUCAUCUGGUGUGUCAUUAUCAUGACAUGGAGAGGGUCUAAAUCUAUCUGUAGCUAAAAGUUCAGUUGUUGAGGAACAGUUUUCUGUAUCACAUACACAGGAUCUCUCAUG